AUGAUUGAUAAUCAAAUAAACAAACCUAUCAAUGAAUUAACAUUAACAUUAUCUGAUGAACAGUAUUUAAUGCAAUCAUUGAGUAAUUCACAAAUACCAUUUUCAUCUUCUCUCAUUUGCAUUCAUCAUGAGUUUGUAUAUCAAGCAAUGAAACAUCCACAAAAACUAGCUGUUGAACUAGAUGAACAAUCAUUGACAUAUUGUGAACUUCUAUAUUAUGUUCAAGUCUUAUCUUUAACUCUUCUUAAUGAAUAUCAUGUGCUUCCAGGUGAAAUCAUUUGUCAGUGUGUUGAGCGAAGUUUGUCAAUGGUAAUUGGUAUAAUGGCGAUUGAAAUGUCUGGUGGUGUCUAUUGUCCAUUAUCGCCUCGAGAUCCAGAACAUCGUUUGCAUGCACUUACACAACAAACACAAAGUCGUCUUGUUCUUGUUCAUCAUUUAACUAAGACCAAAUUCAAAGAUGAUAUUGUUUCACUUGAUAUUGAUUCAAUAUUAAAUAUGAAUGAUAUGGAUAAUGACGUUGAUAAUAAUUGCGUUUCUAGUGUGAUAGCGAAAGGGAAGGAAAUAGCUUACAUUAUUUUCACAAGUGGUUCCACCGGAACACCCAAAGCGGUCCAAGUUCGCCAUAAAAACUUUAUUGAUUGUAUACAAUCUUUGGUCUAUAUUAACUCAUUUAAUAAAGAUGAUACAGUUGUACAAAUGACACGAUGUUCAUUCGAUAUUCAUGUUCAAGAGAUACUUGGUACAUUGCUGACGUCUGUUAUCAAUCAAGAAGCUGAACUGCUUGUAGGUGGAGUAGGUGUGUUUACUGAUUAUCUUGGGCGUGAUGAUUUGACUGCAAAAGCUCUUAUUGAAAUAGAUGGUCAACUAUUUUAUCGAACAGGUGAUCUUGUUACAAUGGAUAAUAAUGGUCUUCUUUAUUAUCAAGGAAGAAAAGAUCAUCAAAUCAAACUACAUGGGCAAAGAAUUGAACUUGGUGAAAUCGAACGAUGUUUACAUAACAUUACAUCUAUCUCUGCUUGUGUUGUCAUGAAAUGGAAAGAUGAUUAUUUAAUUGCAUAUGUUCAAUCUUCUCAUAUCAGUGAGGAAGAACUACGUGAACAUUGUCAAUCUUACCUACCACCACAUAUGAUUCCAUCUUUCUUUAUUAUUCUUGAUAAGCUACCUUUAAAUGCUAAUGGAAAGGUAGAUAGAAAAUCAUUGCCAAUAUCAAAAGUUUUGUUUCAUUCGCCUGAUACGAUCCAUCAUCAACAUAUAGAACCAAGCAAUGAACUUGAAAUCUAUAUUCAUUCAUUGUGGUGUCAGAUCCUUCGUCACGAUAGAAUUUCUAUUUAUACAAAUUUCUUUAGUAUCGGUGGUCGUUCUCUCUUACUUAUUCAGUUAUAUCAGAAUUACAAGAUGACACUCAACAUUGAUACGACUAAGGUCAGUAUUUCUGAACUCUUCCAACAUACCACUAUUGUUGAUCAUGCUCGCCUCAUUCAUCAAUCAAUAGGUGAUUUAGAAACAUAUCAAAAACUUUUAUCUGCUGUACAUAACACGGAAGAAACAUCUAUUGAAAAACGUGCCUGCCCAAUCUCUCAAGAUAAUACUAUACUUGUUGCAGAUGAGUUGUCAAGAUACGAACCAUUUCCUGUUACAGAUAUUCAACAAGCAUAUCUAGUGGGACGUGAAGGUGUUAUGGAUCUUGGUCAUGUUUCUGCUUUUGCUUAUCAGGAAUAUGAUUUCUCGUCAACGUUCGAUAUCGAAUGCUUCGAACGAGCAUUGAAUUAUUUAAUCCAACGCCAUGAAGCAUUGCGUCUUAUCUUUCCGUCUCAUACCGAACAGAAAAUUCUCAAAAUAGUUCCUUAUUAUACUAUAUCUAUACUUGACUUAGAUGAUGUUCAAUCUUGCCAAAAAUAUCUGAUACAACGACGAGAACAACUAUCACAUCAGAUUCGACCAGCUGAUCAAUGGCCAUUAUUUGAUUUUCAAAUAACUCGUUUUAUUUGUGAUAACGGUUACAAAAUACGUUUGCAUUUUGGUAUCGAUAUACUCAUCUUGGAUUUCUGGAGCAUAAAUUUAAUUUUACAUGAAUUGAAUCAGUUGUAUUGUAACUUGAAUGAUGUCUUAGUAGAUCUAAAACUAUCUUAUCGAGAUUACAUUCUGACAGAACAACAAUGGAAGCAUACGACCACUUAUAGUAAUGAUAGACAAUAUUGGAUAAAUCGUCUAAAAUCAUUUCCACUAGGCCCAAAUUUACCAUUACAAUAUUUGCCAAACGAGAUACAUGUACAACGUCAUUGCAAUGUAGAAACAGUAUUAGAUCUAUCAUUAUGGCAAAAAUUAAGAAAAAAUAUUACCGACCAUGGAUUGACACCAGCUGGUUUCUUAGCGUCAAUUUAUGCCUUAGUAUUGAGUAAGUGGAGCGAUAAUAAACAUUUCGCUUUGAAUCUACCAGUUUUCAAUCGAUUACCUAUUCAUUCGCAAGUUAAUCAAAUAGCAGGAGAUUUUACAACAGUUAUACUAUUGGAAAUUAAUUUGGAUAAGAUAAUAACUUAUUACGAAUUUCUUCACACUGUGCAGAAACAAUUGUGGAACGAUCUUGAACAUAUAUCUUAUGAUGGUGUGUCUUUUAUUCGUGACUUAAUGCAGGUGCAUAAGACAAGAGAAAUUCUUGUACCAUAUGUUUUCACAUGUGGAGUAGAUGUUGAAGAUGUUCGUGAGAAAAAUGUUCAGCACAAUAUGUUUUUUGAUCAAGAACCGGUUUAUGUGAUUAGUCAAACACCACAAGUUUUUCUUGAUCAUAUACUGAUAGAAAUUAAUGGCUGUUUAUCAAUAAAUUGGACAUAUGUAGACAGUUUACUUCGAAAGGAAAUGCUCAAUCAUAUGCAUGAUGUAUUUAUUGAUUUACUUGUCAAACUGGCUUCAUUUGAUGAUCUGUGGCAAAAGCCCAUAUUCGUCUCUUUACCAUCUGAACAACAAGCACGACGAUUUGAUUUUAAUCAAACACAAUGGGAAUUAAACGUUAAAGAUAAAUUACUUCAUUCACUCGUCAUUAAACAAGCUGAAUUAACACCCAAUGCAUUAGCUAUUCUCUCUUCUCAAAUAAAUCUAACAUACGGACAACUAAUGAGUCGCGUUUAUUCCUUAACAUACCGUUUGCAACAACAACAACAAACAUAUUCCAAUCAGUUAAUUGCUAUUCUCAUGACAAAAGGAUGGGAACAGAUUGUUGCUUGUUUAGCUAUCUUAGUUUCAGGUGGUGCUUAUUUACCUUUGGAUAUUGAUGCACCGUACAAUCGACUUUGUUCACUAAUCGAAGAAACUAAUGUCACAAUUCUUCUUACACAAUCCCAUUGUCAACAUAGAUUUCCACAUUUAACAGCUAUUUCAGUUGAUACACUCACAACUAAUGAUAAUUAUCCAAUACCAUUUCCUAUCAAACAACAGUCAUCAACUGAUUUAGCUUAUGUUAUUUAUACAUCUGGAUCAACUGGAAAACCAAAAGGUGUUAUGAUUAGCCAUCAAGCUGUUGUAAAUACUAUUUUAGACAUGAAUUCAAGAUUAGAAAUCUCAAGUAAUGAUAGAGUAUUUGCCUUAUCACAUCUCAACUUUGAUUUGUCAGUUUAUGAUAUAUUUGGCAUGUUAAUUAGUGGUGGAACUAUAGUAAUUCCAAAUCACGAAGAUUAUAAAAAUCCUCAACAUUGGUAUGAUAUGAUAAUUAAACAUCAUGUCACUAUUUGGAAUAGUGUUCCAAUGUUAAUGCAAAUGUUUGAUGAACAUCUUAAACAUACGAAUAAUAAACAUAAUCAAAUAAGACAUAUCUUACUUAGUGGUGAUUGGAUACCAUUAUCAUUACCCAAAUCGUUACAAAGAAUAUUUAGUGAACAAAUAACAAUAACUAGUUUAGGUGGUGCAACAGAAGCAUCUAUUUGGUCAAUUGCCUAUACUCUACCAAAAGUAAUACCACGAGAAUGGAAAUCAAUUCCUUAUGGAAUACCAUUAAGAAAUCAACAAUAUUAUGUUUAUGAUAUACAUCUUGAUGAUUGUCCUGAAUGGGUCACUGGUGAACUAUACAUAGGUGGUAUGGGAUUAGCUAAUGGCUACUGGAAAGACCAAGUCAAAACUGAUUCCAGCUUUAUUAUUCAUCCAACCACUUUAGAACGUUUGUAUCGAACAGGUGAUUAUGGUCGAUUUCUACCAAAUGGAUAUAUUGAAUUUACGGGACGGAAAGAUUUUCAAGUAAAAGUACAUGGUCAUCGUAUUGAACUUGGUGAAAUUGAACAUCAUUUACAGCAACAUCCAGAUAUUCAACAAGCUAUUGUUAAUAUUGAUGACAAAUCCCAACACUUAGUUGGAUAUGUUAUGCCAAAAAAACAUUCUAUUCAUAAUGAAGAAUAUAAUUCAGCAGAGAUAUUAAUCACUGAUCCUAUUGAGCGUAUCAAUUUCAAGCUUGCAACACAUAGUAUAAGGCAUCAAAUGAGGUUAGAAAAGAACUUUGCUCUAACAAAAACAAAGCUUACAGAAACAUUAAUCAAUACAUAUUAUAUGAGAAAAAGCUAUCGACAAUUUACAAAUGAAAUUAUUGAAAGAUCUACUAUCGAAAAGUUGUUAAAAAAUGGUCACAAUAGCAAUAAGAACGAGAAAAUAUCUUUAGCUCAUCUUGAUUUUGAUCUUCUUAGUCAACUAUUAGCAGUAUUAACACCGAUCAAUAUUUCUGAUCAACCGUUACCAAAAUAUCGUUAUGCUUCUGCUGGUAGUCUUUAUCCAGUACAAGUAUAUGUUGAAUUACCAACAACGAUAAAUAAUAUUUUGCCUGGUGUUUACUACCAUAAUCCAGAUAAACAUACUCUAGAGUUGAUUAGUACUCAUAUUAAUAAUGACAUGGUGGAUAUAAGAUUACAUCUUGUUGGACGAUCAUCAGCAAUUGCACCGUUAUAUGGUAACAGAUUGGGCUCUCAAUUUUGUAUGCUAGAAACAGGAUAUAUCAUGGGAUUAUUGGAAAAAGAAGGGUCAAGAUUAGGAUUGACUUUCUUGGAAAAUACGCAUAAUGAAUCUAUAACUCGGAAUAUUCUGAAUAUGGAUGAGGAUGACACACAUUGUUGUUUCAAAAUUUCAUCAUUUGAGCAGGCUAUAUCUAGUAAUGUACAAAAUGGCAAUUAUCAAUGUAUUAUUUAUCUUAAAUCGAUCAACAAUAACAAAGACCAAUGGUUUAUUUAUAACAAAGAAUAUGAUACUGUUACACCUUUUGAUGUCAAAACUGAAACUACACAAGAGGAAAUACCACUGUUCUUUGAUGAUGAUAAUGAUGCAAAGAUUGUAUUCCAUGAUUGCCAAUGUGCAAUCUUUUUCAUCGGACGAUCAGAACACACAAUGAAUAUAGGAAAGAUGUCACAUUUCUUAAUGGAUCAUUGUUUAGAAAUGAAUAUUGGUAUGUGUCCAAUUGGUACCCGUACGAGUUUUCCAAAACAAAUUAAUGAUGUAUUAGAUACUAUUCUUACUCAUGAGAAACUAAAUGGAAGUAACAUAUUACAUAUAUUACUUAUUGGAAAGAUCAGUAAUGACCAGAAAAGUGAACACACUGUUUCAAAAGUAAAAUCAAUGCCCAGCUGGAGUGAAACAUUACGAAUAUAUCUAACAAAAAAGCUUCCAAUGUAUAUGGUACCAUCCCAUUUAAUAAGUGUUUCAUCGUUUCCAUUAAGUCCAAAUGGUAAAAUUGAUCGAAAAGCUUUAUCAGAAAUAUCAUUGUCAGUGCUUCAACAAGAAGAUACUUAUAAUGCACCAAAUAGUGAAUUAGAAAAGAUGAUUGCGAACAUUUGGCAAGAAGUGUUAUACACAAAUCGACUUACUAUACAUCAUGAUGAUCCAGCUAUAAAUGUGUCUGGUAUAGACAGACAAACAUCUUUUCUUAUAUCUACUACAACUAGUUUCUUCAGCGUUGGCGGCAAUUCUCUUUUACUUGUUAAUAUCUAUCAACGUUAUCAAUCAAAAUUUAAUUUUGAAAGAGAAGCAUUGAGUAUUCGAUCAUUGUUUGACUAUAACACUAUAGUAGAACACGCAAAACUACUUGAAACAGUCAUUAUUGAUGGUGCACAACUAGAACAAUGGCAUACGCUGCAUAUUAACGAAGGUAUCGCGUCGUAUGCUCAAGAACGCAUAUUUCUUGAUGAGAAAAUGCGUUUUUCGGGAGAAAAUGCCAUUUACAAUGAGUUGGCUGUUCUAAGAGUUAAGAAAGGUUCAUUAUCAAUGAAUCGUUUAUUGCAAGCUCUUCGCUGUGUUCUGAGCAAACAUAAGAUAUUAAGGACUUCUUUAGUUUUCAAGGAAGAGGAUAGUACUUUGAAACAAUCUAUCACUAAUAAACAUCUGACAUUUACAUUGGCUGCCGAUCAAACAUUCAAAAGUGAAACUGAUCUCCACAACAUUAUCUCACAAAUAAGUACUAAUCCUAAUUUGUUCGAUUUAUCAGGUGGUCGUGUUUUUUAUUGUCAAAUUCUCAAGCAACAGAUGACACCUGACGAAAAUUAUAAUAAAGAAAUUAUUACAAAUUCUGAUGUUCUCGUUAUCGGCUUUCAUCAUGCUGCAGUUGAUCAAUCAGCUGGCUCAAUUUUUUUAAAUGAUUUAUGUAAUACUUACAAUAAUCACAUGACGUGUAUGGAUGAUGAAGGAUCAUUACAAUAUAUUGAUUAUAGUGUUCACGAGCGUCUAAUCGAUAUGACACCAUCAAGUGAAUUUUGGCGUUCUCAACUGAAUGGAUACAAUCAAGAAUGUCGAUUGUCAUUGCCAGUUGAUCGACAUUGCUUAUAUAGUGAUCAAAGAUCUGGAUAUGCUUUCAUUGCUCAUAUCUCAUUUGAUAAUGAGAUUUCGACAUCAUUUCUCGAUUAUGCAUCUUCACAUCAAGUCACACCAUUUCAACUAGGUCUAGCUACAUUCUAUGCAUUUCUUUUUAAGCUAACAUAUAGACGAAAUGAUUUGUGUAUUUCUUGUCUUAAUGCAAACAGAUACAGAACUGAAUUACAGAGUAUGAUUGGAAUGUUUGUUUCAACAUUACCAUAUCGUGUUGAACUUGAUCUUCAAUGGUCAUUUGAUGAAGUAGUUAAAUAUGUACAAGAAAAAUGUUUAUCAAUUCUUGAACACUCUCAUUAUCCACUUCAACAUAUUAUUCGUGGUUCUUAUCUUAAUCAAUCGACUGUUCCUUUUCUUCAAACAGUUUUUGAUUUUGACACUGUAUCUUCAGUUAACAAUCAGUUUACUUUCGAUGAUGUUAGUUUACAGCCAGUAUCAUUACAACAGUCUUCGGAAGUGGCUAAAUUUGAUUUCAGGUUGAAUUUUGUUUACAAUAUAAUCUCUGAUGACAACAUAUUGUCAUGUCGUUUUAUUUGUUCAUGUGAUUUAUUUGAAGAUGCGACAGUUACAAAAAUGAUACAAAGAUUUCAAUAUGUUUUUGAUCAACUUUUUUCAGUGAAUUUCAACGUUGAUCAGAUUAAUUUAGUAGUUUCACCUAUUACCAAACUUACUCUUAUCUUACCAGAUGAAGUGAAUGAAAUGCAGCAGGUAACUUUUUACCGUCAAUCAAAUGUGACGAAUGAAGGUAUGUCUUUUCCUAUUUAUCAUAUAUGUUAGCUCGUUUCGACGAGCGUGUAUAUGUUUAUUUCACAAGAAG